GUAAAAUCUUAGAUGGAAAACGAGGAGAAGACGGUUGUUAAAUUUGAUGCACAUAGCACCAGCAGCUUGAUACGUCGCUGUUUUUAUGAUAAUUUAGCGGAGAAUCGUCAACAGUAACUAUGACUCAGGCUGAGAAAGAACAAGAAAACGGAAAGGAGAAAGAAAAGGAGCGGGACAAGGAGAAAGAGAAGGAGCAGCAGCGCGGAGUGAAAAGACCCAUAGCUCCUGCGGCCAUUCCUGAACCUCUUCAGGAGCAAAUACAGAGUAAUUUUGUUAUUGUGAUCCAUCCCGGCUCAAGAACGCUUCGCAUUGGCCGAGCAACAGACACUCUGCCGGUCACCAUCCCUCAUGUAAUUGCACGCAGACAUAAACAAAGUGGGCAGCCCAGAUUUGAAGAUGCAUGGCUGCUGAGAGAAGGUCUAAACAAACCAGAGAGUAAUGAGCAGAGACAGAAUGGACUUAAAAUGGUAGAUCAGGCCAUCUGGUCAAAGAAGAUGUCAAAUGGUGUCCGAAGGAGUCCUGCGUCUGCUGAACAGGCCAGAGCGUAUAAUUGUCAGAUCCGUCCAGCCAUACUCGACAGCAGCUCUAGGGUGAAGUGGACAAACACAAGCCACCAUCCUCCUUAUCUGGUCGGAGAUGAGGCUGUUUAUGUGAACCCGUCAGACUGUUACAACAUCCACUGGCCGAUUGUCAGAGGUCAGCUCAACAGACACUCAGGUUCUGGAGGCUCACUGACCGCAGUUCUGGCUGAUCUGGAAACAAUCUGGAGCUACAUCAUUCAGAAGCAUCUGGAGAUCCCCCUGAAAGAUUUAAAGUAUUACAGAUGCAUCCUGUUGGUUCCUGACAUCUACAACAGACAGCACAUAAAGGAAAUUGUCAACAUGCUGCUGCUUAAUAUGGGCUUUUCAGCAAUUAUUGUGCACCAGGAGUCGGUGUGUGCUACAUUUGGCAGUGGGUUAAGCAGUGCUUGUGUAGUGGAUGUAGGUGACCAGAAGACCAGCAUCUGCUGUGUAGAGGAUGGAGUGUCCCAUCGGAACUCACGGUUGUGUUUGGCUUACGGAGGUUCAGAUGUGACCAGAACUUUCUUCUGGUUGCUGCAGAGAGCCGGUUUUCCGUACAGAGACUGUCAGUUGACCAGCAGACUCGACUGUCAGCUCUUGCAGCAUCUAAAAGAGACCUUCUGCCAUCUAGAUCAGGACAUAUCUGGAUUACAAGAUCAUGAAUUUCAGACUCGUUUCCCAGAAGCCCCAGCUCUUCUGUACCAGAUUCGACUUGGGGAUGAAAAACUACAGGCACCCAUGGGUCUUUUCUACUCAGCCACAUUUGGCAUUGUUGGUCAGAAGAUGACAUCACUUCAGCACCGUUCCCAAGGUGACUCAGAAGAUCCUCACAAUGAACAUUACCUGCUGGCCACACAGAACAAACAGGAUCAGUCCUCCAAAUCUGCUGCAGACCGGAAGGCUGUUUCCAGACCAGGUGGAUGUUUGGAGGGCGAGGUGAGCUGUCAGGGAAGGAUGGGGGAGGUGUCUGAUAUGCCCAGGGGCUGUGGGAGUGUUGCUGGCACCAUUGCAGGAGGAGGUGGAAUGAUGCAUGGCGACAUGGAACUAGGGCCUGCCCAGGGGGAGAGUCUGAUGGAGGCAGGAGAAGUGGAAGAGCCUCUGUCGACCCACUCCUCCAGGAAAACCGCCAUCAUUAGCCAGUUUGAAAGCAAAGCGCUGGGACUGGACAAAGCAAUCCUGCAUAGCAUUGACUGCUGUGGAUCAGAUGAGACCAAACGGAAGAUGUACAGCUCCAUCCUGGUUGUAGGAGGGGGCCUGAUGUUUCACGGUGCUCAGGAAUUUCUGCUUCAUCGCAUCAUCAACAAGAUGCCGCCCUCCUUCAGAAGGCUGGUUGAUAAUGUGGAAGUUAUCACACGACCUAAGGACAUGGACCCCAGGCUGAUAUCCUGGAAGGGGGGAGCCGUGCUUGCUUGUCUGGACACAACGCAGGAGAUGUGGAUCCAUCAGAGGGAGUGGCAGCGUUUUGGUGUCAGAAUGCUCAGAGAAAGAGCAGCUUUUGUCUGGUGA